ACCCGGUUAAGCUGUUAUAAAUCCAUAAAAGAAAAGUUUGGUUACCAGCCAUGAGAAAAUAUCAUUUUAAAGAUGGCGGGUAACUCGCUCACCGGUGCUGUGAAAAGGCAUCCAGACAAUCCGGUUGUUUUCUUCGAUAUUUCUAUCGGAGGACAGGAUAUAGGAAGAAUGAAGAUGGAAUUGUUUGCCGAUGUCGUGCCAAAGACAGCGGAAAAUUUCAGACAAUUUUGUACGGGAGAGCACAGAGAUGAAAAGUCAAUUCCCAUUGGUUAUAAAGGAGCAACGUUCCAUCGAGUGAUCAAAGAUUUCAUGAUCCAAGGAGGAGACUUUGUCAAGGGAGAUGGUACAGGUUCAAAGUGUAUCUACCACGGAAACUCCUUCCCAGAUGAAAACUUCCGACUAAAACACGAUGCAAGCGGACUUCUCUCUAUGGCAAAUUCUGGACCCAACACCAAUGGCUGCCAGUUCUUCAUUACCUGCGCCAAGUGUGACUUCUUAGACACUAAGCACGUUGUCUUUGGCAAGGUGAUUGAUGGCCUUCUAGUUAUGAGGAAGAUAGAGAAUGUACCAACUGGAUCCAACAACAAACCCAAGAUCCCUGUUGUGAUUUCGCAGUGUGGGGAGAUGUGAAUGCCUUCAAGGAUUGCAGUCUUGCGGUAUCACGGACCAAAUCCAGGGAUAAGUUCACGAUGCUACUGGACCAACCUGAAGUGAACUGAACUAUAGAGGGUGCCGUUGACACUUCCUGGCAUGGUUUGAACUAUAGGGGGAGCUCUUAACCAUCCCUGGCCAUUAAGUUCCGUUCCUGGCAUGGACCUAAGCUGUGUAUUAUCAAUCCGCAUGUUGGCCUUUGGAAGAUGGUAUUUUAGAGAGCAGAGUGAACUUGCAUCAUCAGUGCCAUAUUUUGUGUAUAGCAACCGAGGCGUCGUCCUCCUGCACUUCCGAUCCCCGUGUCUUUAACGCCAUUAAUUUCAAGCCAUGUCCACAUGACUUGGCUACGGCUUCCGGUCACACAAGCACCUAUGGGAGUAGUCUAGGGGCUAGACCUCGUUAUGGUUAGAUACGUGGUAACCUGCCGCUGCGAGAGGGCGCUAUCACGACCAACCAAUAUCGUCCACGGACUUGUCAGAAACAAAGGAAUCUCGUAUUGGUUGUGAAAUACGCACGCACCUGUUUGGCCUAAUAUUAUAGAAGUUCCGAAGCAAACUCUCAAAUUUCUUCCAGUGCAAUAAAAGAUGUAGCAAGACCUUUGUGCAACUUCACCCAUCAGCUCUUUUGAUACGAGUAGUAUGUGUGGGACCGUAAUUGCCUGCAGAAGUUGCGUAUGAGCGCUGGUUUCCCCAAUUUUUCGGUGGGAGAUUUCAAGAGAUUCCCUAGACAUCGUUCCUGACAAGUCUGUGGGCGAUAUUGGUUGGUUGUGAUAGCACCCUCUUGCAGCGGUGGGUUAUCGCGUAUCAAUAGACUACUAUGGAAGCAGCUGAAGUCACUUUCCAUAGACAUGUACACAUGUACAUACUGCUAGCCAUAGUCAUUCGGAUGUUGCCUUAGCUUGUGCUCUGGCAUGAAUUAAAUUGAAGCCUUGAAUUCAAACAAACAAAAGACAAUGUUCUUGUUUAAAAAAAAGUAAUUUUAACAUGAUGCAAGGAAAAAAGUAAUCGAGGAACAAAUCAAGAGCCCACACUUGGCAUUUUCUGCUAUUUUGUAACCGUGAAAGUAGUCCGACUUGUUAAAAUUGAAAUAAGUUUUAUUGGUGUAAAUAAAAGGAGACAAACA